GCGCCGGCUCCGGAAGGCGCGGGCUCGGCAGGGUCGCUGGGGAACCCGCGGGUGCAGGGUCGGAGCUCCGCGCGGCCGGCGGGGAGAGUCUGCAGGAAACAUCAAGAGUGUUAUGAAGCAUUUAAAGCAUUAACAUCAAUAUACAAGGACACAUAAACAACAUUACAGACAAGAAAUUUCAAAAUUUAUGAUCCUUUACAACCCUGCAAAUUGCAUUUGAGCCAAGUUGUUUUCACCUCUGUGUGUACUGUUUUGCUUCUGUGGGAGAAGAUCAGUGAUAUCCAAUACUUCAUUAACAGGAAAUAGAAUAUUUGUGGACUAGGUCUAAAUCAGGAGCCUGGAUGAAUGAACUUGAAGCUAGCAUGGGAUUCUUAGUUUUUCAAGACCCGUGCCCACCAAACCUUUGCUCCCUCUGGUUUUGCGAAGACAGAGCAAAAUGAUAACGAAGACAGAGUAAACGAUAAUUAAGGCAAAAGCCUUAAUUACUUGCUUCAGUAGCAUCUAAAGUCAUUUGAGAACGGAACACGGUAGUACAGCCAUGGAAAAGAAUUCAAGCUUAUGGAAGAACCUCCUGGAAGAGCACCCAGUCUGCACAACCUGGAAGCCAGAGGCGGAAGGGGCCAUCUACCAUCUUGCUAGUAUUCUAUUUGUAGUCGGUUUCAUGGGCGGCAGUGGAUUCUUUGGGCUCCUUUAUGUCUUCAGUUUGCUGGGGCUGGGUUUUCUCUGCUCUGCGGUGUGGGCUUGGGUAGAUAUCUGUGCUGCUGACAUAUUUUCCUGGAAUUUUGUACUGUUUGUCAUCUGCUUUAUGCAGUUCGUUCAUAUUGCCUAUCAGGUUCGUAGCAUAACUUUUGCCCGAGAAUUCCAGGUGCUGUACAGCUCCCUUUUCCAGCCCCUGGGGACCUCUAUGCCUGUCUUCAGAACGAUUGCUUUGAGCUCUGAAGUGGUGACUCUGGAAAAGGAGCACUGUUAUGCCAUGCAGGGGAAAACCUCCAUCGAUAGACUCUCUCUGCUUGUCUCAGGAAGGAUCAGAGUGACGGUCGACGGUGAAUUUUUGCACUACAUUUUCCCCUUUCAGUUUCUGGAUUCUCCUGAGUGGGAUUCGCUGAGGCCCACAGAAGAAGGCAUUUUUCAGGUAACCCUCACAGCAGAAACUGAUUGCCGAUACGUGUCCUGGAGGAGAAAGAAAUUGUAUUUGCUCUUUGCUCAGCACCGUUACAUCUCCCGCCUGUUUUCGGUUUUAAUUGGCAGUGAUAUUGCAGACAAACUCUAUGCCUUGAAUGACAGGGUAUAUAUCGGGAAAAGAUACCACUAUGACAUUCGGUUGCCCAAUUAUUAUCAUAUGUCAAGUCCAGAAGUGCCCAGGUCACCCCUCACUGAACCGUUUAGGAAUUCUAGGCAAUAGUGUAAUAAAUGACGUCAAAAGCUUAAGUUUUAUUACCAUUGUAAAAAGACUCUAAAUCAUUCCCCCCAAAGACAUAGCAAAAUACAGAAGAUGAAGCUCACUGAUAUUUUUAUAAAUCAAACUCAAGAGGCAAGAUGCCAAUGCCAGAUGUUUUAUUCAUCUCAACUGCUGCUUUGUGAAUAAAUUUUACCAAUUUUUUCUGUAUCGCUUAGUGUUACAAUUGGGAGAAAGGGGUGAGAAAAUGAGCAUCAGUAGCUUUGCUACAUCAGGACCAGGAGUAUGGAGUCGCUCGUCCUCAGAUAUUUGCUUGCUCGGAUCUUCUCAAAUGUCUCGUCCUGCGUGGCGGACUUGGCAUUACUCCUCAGGAGGCAGGCUGGAAGUGUACUCAGCAUGCGACUGGAUUGCUAGGGUCUACGUAAGCAUUUCUAGAACUCAAUUUUUUGCUAUAACCUCUUGAGGAAGUCAAAAUGUAUGACUGGUAUGCUGCAAGUAUUUAUUUUUACACGUGAAAGUUGUUUGGUAUGACUAAAAUGUAGAAUAAAUACAAGACGCAAUA